UCUCCAGCGCGACAAAACACAUAAAAAACAACGCGACUUCGAGCCGAAAAUCGGUUUCAGUUUCGUUUUCGUUCCAUUGCUUGUUGUGGGGGGCGUGGCAGGCGGGCAGGGGCCAGGUCUCUUGUGUAGCGCAGAUAAAUAUACAUAUGCACAUGUAUGUAUGUCCCAUCGAAGUGGCAUGUUUUGAAAUCUUGUUUCACAUUUGGAACGGAAAGAGUUUUUGCAAUCGGCUCGGGCAUCGAAUGUCCAGCAAAUAAAUAUUGUAACGUGUUAAACCGCAAAUCGCGAUCAUAAUUAAGUAAUUAAUUGAGGAGCCCAUAGCGUGAGAUAAGCCCGACUCAAUUCAGCUAAAACUGCGACCAGCCCAGGGCUUGAAGUCCACGUAGAGUCUCUGAAUCAGUGCUCUCUGGACCAUUUGUGGUAUUAGUAACUGAAAUUGAAAUUGAAAUUGCAAUAGUAAUUGUUAUUAGUCUUCGAGCUAAUCAGUGCCAAGGCAAAGGAGCCUCGUUGCAUAAGCUAACUAAGUGCCGCGCUUAACCUCGAAAAUUUGAACGAGAAUCGCGAUUCACAAACAAGAAAAAAAAGUGAGAAAAAAACUGUAUGAAAAGGCUCAUCAGCCCCUCCACAUGAACCGAAAUCUUUUGUAAUUCGCUCAAUUGGAUGCCAGGAGAUACAUUUGAAUCUUUUGUCAAUUAAUGAGCGUACAUAAAAGAAGUAUGGCUAAUUGGAAAUUCGGCCUAAUCACGCUGUUAGCGCUUAGCGGGCUCAGCUGCCUGGCCAACGCCUAUAGAGUGGGCGUGGGACGAGCCGACAUUACCGGACCGCCAGUGGAAAUUAAUUUCAUGGGCUACGCGAACAUCAAGCAGAUUGGACGAGGCCUGCACACGCGCACCUUUGCGCGCGCCUUCGUCGUGGAGGACGAGAAUGGGCAUCGCGUGGCCUUCAUCAGCGCCGACUGCGGCAUGAUGGGCUAUGGCCUCAAGCGGGAGGUGCUGAAGCGGCUGCAGGCGCGCUACGGUAACAUCUACAACGCCGAGAAUGUCGCCAUCAGUGGCACCCACACGCAUGGAGCACCUGGCGGCUUUCUAAUGCACUUGCUCUAUGACAUUUCCAUUCUGGGCUUCGUGCCACAAACCUUUGAGGUUAUGGCUCAAGGACUCUACCUGAGCAUCAAACGCGCCACGGACAACCUGGUAGAUGGUCGGAUCUAUUUCUCCAAGACGUUGGUGCUCAAUGUGAACAUAAAUCGCUCGCCGUCGUCGUAUCUGCGCAAUCCUGCGGAGGAGCGGGCCCAGUAUGAGCACGAUACGGACAAGACGCUGGCGCAGCUACGCUUCGUGGACAAGGAGAACAAUCUGCUGGGCGCCUUCAACUGGUAUGCCGUGCACGCCACCUCGAUGAACAACACCAAUAAGCUGGUGACCAGCGACAACAUGGGCUACGCUGCGCUUCUGCUGGAGAAGGAGUACAAUCCGAAUAAGAUGCCCGGCAAGGGCAAAUUUGUGGGCGCCUUCUGCUCCUCGAACUUGGGCGAUGUUUCGCCCAACAUCAUGGGACCAAAGUGCUCUAUUUCGGGCAACGAGUGCGACAUACUCACCUCGCACUGUCCCAAAGGCGAGGGCGAGUGCUUUGCCUCCGGUCCGGGGCGCGACAUGUUCGAGAGCACACAGAUCAUUGGACAGCGCCUGGCUGAAGCCGCUCUGGGCUUGUUGAACGAACAGAGUCAGGAGUCGACAGCACGCGAGGUAACUGGCGAUGUGCGCUUCAUUCAUCAGUUUGUCGAUAUGCCCAAUUACAAUGGCAGCACGUACAAUCCGCUCACACGCAAGCUGGACAAGAUUAAGGGCUGCCAGCCUGCUAUGGGCUACAGUUUCGCGGCUGGCACCACCGACGGUCCUGGAGCCUUCAGCUUUGAGCAGGGCACCACGACGGACAACCCCAUGUGGAACUUUGUGCGCGACUUCAUAGUGCCGCCCACUCAGGAGGAUAUCAAGUGCCAUGAGCCGAAGCCCAUUCUGCUGGCCACGGGUCGAGCAACCUUCCCGUAUGAGUGGCAGCCCAAAAUUGUGUCCAAUCAAAUCCUUAAGAUCGGAGAUGUCAUCAUUGCCGCCGUUCCUUGCGAAUUUACAACCAUGGCUGGACGCCGCUUGCGGAAUCAGAUCAGAGCUGCUGCCUCGGCUGCUGGUGGCAUCGAUACGGAGGUGAUCAUUGCUGGCCUGACCAACAUCUACUCCAGCUAUACCGUCACUCCCGAGGAGUAUCAGGCGCAGCGUUAUGAGGCUGCCUCCACAAUAUUUGGCCCGAACACGCACACCAUCUACAUGGACGUCUUCGAGCGCCUGACUAAAGCGAUGAUGCGCAAUCAGAGUGUGGAGGCUGGCCCCAGCCCACCAUAUAUGAAUGACGUGAUGCUUUCACUGAAUACGGGAGUGCUGUUCGAUGGUCAUCCCAUUGGGACCGAUUUCGGCUAUGUGAAGACCCAGCCUAAUAAGCAAUAUGGCAUUAAUGACACCGUCAGAGCCACCUUUAUUUCGGGCAAUCCGCGCAACAAUCUCUUCACAGAGAAAACAUACUUUUCGGUGGAGCGUAAGAUCAACGAGGAUCGCUGGAAGAUCACCUAUACGGAUGCUAGCUGGGAGACUAAAAUGGUCUGGCAUCGUACUAACACGAUUCUGGGCUUUAGCGAGCUGGAGAUCUUCUGGAACAUCAGUCCCCAGACGCUGCCUGGCGAGUAUCGCAUACGGCACUCCGGUGAAUAUAAGUAUAUACUAGGUGGAAAGUAUCCCUACGAGGGCCUGACGCAUUCCUUUACUGUCACUGAGGAUUAAUUGUCAUCAGUUGAUCAGCCCAAACUAAUCAGUGUAUUUAUUUACCAUUCACAAAUGAUGAUGAAAAGCUUUAUAUUUUAAACACUAAUAAAUUGAAUGCCAAAUUUUUUAGA